GCUUUCCCUCAUGUUGCGAGAGGAAUUGGAGUAGUUACUCCUUUAUUCAUUCUUUGAUGAGAAACAAAAGGAUCCAAAAAGGGCUGAAUAUUUGGUUUAUGUGCAUUCCAACCUUCGACUUUUGUCUAGAAAAGAUGAAGGGUAUAUUUUGUAUAAAAAAGGAGAGACAAGUUUGUGGGACAUUAGUGGAGAUAUACAGGAUCCACUUGAUGAUGGUGCUAGACUUCUUAAAUUGGCAAAAUUGUCUCUCUUGAUGAACUAAACUUAGAAGCAAUGUUUUUUCUCUUCUGAAUGAUGGUAACAGAAAAGAGAAGAAUGAUAACAUUACUAUUAGACAGUAAUUUAGUAAUGAUGCUUUUGAAUUGUACACUAUUGCAUAGAGUCAAUACUUGUUCUGAGUUCUACCGAAGAUGCUUUUAUUGAUACAGUUAGCCAAAUUUCUCCAUUAUUAAUAGUUGCUAUAGAAAUACUGAAUAUUCUGAUGUACUUGUUUUGACAGUUACUUGUGACUGAGGUCUUUGUUAGUUUGUUAACUUGUGAUAGUCUCGAGCCCAACCGCGUGAAAUAAUGACUGAGGUCCUUAAAGCUCUACAAGAAUUAAAUGUUUGUUGGAAGAAGAUUGGACACUAUAACAUGAAGUGCAGAUGGGUUGCUGGCACUGCUGGUCAUCAUGAAGGAAUGAUUAACAAUUCUGUGCAUAGUAAUCAUUACUUUGGGAAUGAUUCGUGCAUUAUUGAAAAUGAAGCUGUUUCUAAGUCAAAUGUGGUCAAGUUUGAAGUGCAGCUUUACAAAACUCGUGAGGAGAAAUACCUACUUGAUCUUCAAAGGGUCCAGGGCCCACAGUUUCUUUUCUUGGAUCUUUAGGGCAGUCUUAAUGAGUUAUGAUUAGCCAAGUUGCUUGAUCCAAGUGGUAUGUAUUGCUAUGUGAUGAGUUAUGAUUAAUCAAGCUGCUUGAUCCAUGUGUUAUGCAUUGCUAUGUGAUAUGAGUAAGGUGGGUUGUUGCUUUUCUACCUUCAUGGCAUGUUGCAUUUCCAUUUUAGUCGAGACAACUUAGAAAUGGAUUAGGCUGAAUGUUAAUAAGUACACUUAAGACAUUGGUUUAGGAAUUAAAGUAGAAACUUUUAAU